AUCAUCGUGUCUCAUUUCGCUUGACUAAUUCGUACGCUACUUCGAGCGCUAUAAACAGAGUUCUUUCAUUUUCGCUAGUAUCUUUCUCAUUGACAUCGAUGUCUAAACGUUAGUUGUGCGGAUGUGGUAUGAUUAUGGUUGUUUCCUUAAACAUCCUGUCGUUGUUCGGAAUCCUUCUGUGUGUAUUAGAAAACGCGGCUAAAUUAUUAUCAGCUGAACUCAAGCGGCGAUAGGAUGAUGAACACGACAAAGAUAUUCGCUAGCAUGAGAUUGCUGCACAGGAUUUCCAAAUUGUCCGAAAGAAAAAUACAUGAAAUUCCUCUGACAAAGGAUCAUUACGGCAUCAAGCGGGGUCCGUAUGCCAGCGUCACAGAUCAAGACAUCAAUCAGUUCGAAAGGAUUCUUUCAACUAACAAUCAGAUUCUAUUGAGACCUGAAGAUACCGCCGAAUAUAAUCGGGACUACUUUCGGUAUGUUCGUGGGCUAGGGACAGUAGUGCUGAAGCCUAGAAGCACGGAGGAAGUUUCCGCCAUUCUGCGCUAUUGCAACAUCCGUCGGUUAGCGGUUUCCAUAUUCGGUGGUAACACGGGAGUCUGCGGUGGUUCUGUACCAGUAUUUGACGAAAUCAUCCUCUCGAUGGAGUUGAUGAAUCGAAUCGUAUCUAUCGAUGAAUAUUCCGGGUUGCUUGUGUGCGAGGCUGGUUGCGUAUUGGCGAAGCUUGAGGAUGAACUUUCGAAAAAAGGAAUGAUUAUGCCACUAGACUUGGGAUCGAAGCAAUCUUGCCAAAUUGGAGGAAACCUGGCCACAAACGCUGGAGGUAUUCGUUUGAUGCGUUACGGCAACCUGCACGGAUCAGUUCUUGGUUUGGAAACUGUUCUGGCCAACGGAGAGGUUAUUGAUCUGAUGUCCAACUUUAAAAAGGAUAACACCGGUUACCAUCUCAAACACUUGUUCAUUGGAUCUGAAGGAACCCUGGGUGUGAUAACACGUGUAGCGAUGUCUUGUCCUGUGGCUCCAACAACCCAGAAUGUCAUACUUCUUGGUUUGAAGACUUAUAAUGCAGUGUUACAGACAUUCCUUCAAGCGAAAAAACAGCUCGGAGAAAUACUAACUUCUUGCGAAUUGAUUGAUCAAGCAUCUUUGGAGUACACCGUUGAACAUUUAAAAACGUCCUCUCCCAUUGAUGCUUUCCCCUUUUACAUUCUACUCGAAACUACCGGAUCACAUAAGGAAGAUGAUGAAGAGAAGGUGCGCCAAUUUUUAGAAUUUUCGCUAGAAGAAGGCAUGGUAACUGAUGGAAUAAUAACUAGCGAGCCUUCCAAAAUUAAGAAACUGUGGCAACUGCGGGAACGAAUACCAGCUGCAACCUACAGUAAUAAUUUUUGUUUAACCUAUGAUUUAUCACUACCGCUAGAGCAAUUUUAUUCCAUUGUUCCGGCAAUUCGAAAACGCGUUGGUCAUCUCGUGAACAUUGUUUGUGGUUUUGGACAUAUUGGCGAUUGCAAUCUUCAUCUCAACAUAGCCGGUAACAUACUGAGUGAAGAGAUUCGAAAACUAGUUGAACCAUAUGUGUACGAAUUUACCGCUAGCCUGAAAGGAAGUGUUAGCGCCGAACAUGGAAUUGGACUCCUAAAACCAGGAUAUAUGAAGUAUUCAAAAUCAACUGCAGCAAUCGCGCUCAUGAAGCAGCUGAAGUCAAUUAUGGACCCUAACGGAAUACUAAACCCGUAUAAAGUUUUGCCUUAUAAUUAAGGAAGUUAAACUAAUAGAGCUCUAAGUUUAAUAAAUACAACAAUAUUUCGAGUA